CAUAUGAGGAAGUCUGGGUGCUGCACUCAAAGCUGUACAGGCUGCUAGCUUCCACUGUGUUGACAUUGACUUUUUCCUGUUUUGGAAAGCUAAAAGCAAAUUACUAUGGUUAAAGAAAAGAUUACUGGACUAACCGUGACCGAUGUCCGGUUCCCUACUUCUUUGGGUCACCACGGCUCUGAUGCUAUGCACACGGACCCUGACUACUCUGCAGCAUAUGUGACCCUAGAAACAGAUGCAUCGGAUGGUAUAAAAGGAUAUGGCUUAACCUUUACUUUGGGCAGAGGCACAGAAGUUGUGGUGUGUGCCGUGAAAGCUCUUUCAAGACAUGUGGUGGGAAGAGCGUUUGAAGACAUUGUCAACAAUUUCAGGGGGUUCUACAGGGAGCUAAGCAGCGAUGAACUGCGCUGGAUUGGACCAGAGAAGGGUGUAGUGCAGCUGGCAACUGCUGCAGUACUUAAUGCAGUAUGGGACCUAUGGGCUAAAAAGGAAAGAAAGCCCCUCUGGAAGUUGCUGGUUGACAUGACUCCAGAGCAGCUGGUAUCCUGUAUUGAUUUCAGAUACAUAACAGAUGCACUGACAGAGGAAGAAGCUCUUGAAAUACUUCAAAAUGGAAAACAAGAACAAGAAACCAGAGAGCAGUACAUGCUAAAGAAUGGAUACCCUGCAUAUACAACAUCAUGUGCCUGGUUAGGCUAUCCAGAUGACAGCUAAAAACAGUUGUGUACAGAUGCACUGAGGAAGGGGUGGACAAGAUUUAAAGUGAAAGUAGGGGCAGAUUUACAAGAUGAUAUUAGAAGGUGUAAACUUAUUAGAGAUAUGAUUGGGCCUGACAAUAAACUGAUGCUUGAUGCAAACCAGAGGUGGGAAGUGAAUGAAUCCAUUUCAUGGGUGAAAGAGUUAGCUGUUUUCAAACCUCUCUGGAUUGAGGAACCCACAUCCCCAGAUGAUAUACUUGGCCAUGCAACAAUCUCCAAGGCUUUAGCUCCAUACGGAAUCGGAGUUGCCACAGGAGAGCAAUGUCAGAACAGAGUAAUGUUUAAACAAUUUCUACAAGCUCGUGCUCUCCAGUAUCUUCAGAUUGACAGCUGCAGAUUGGGAAGUGUGAAUGAAAACCUCUCUGUUCUUCUCAUGGCAAAUAAAUACAAUAUCCCUGUUUGCCCUCAUGCCGGUGGAGUCGGUCUUUGUGAACUGGUACAGCAUUUGAUUAUAUUCGACUACAUUUCAGUGUCGAGAAGCCUAGAAAACAGGAUGUGUGAGUAUGUGGAUCACCUCCAUGAACACUUUAAGUAUCCAGUGGCUAUCCAGAAUGCUUCUUAUAUGCCUCCAAAGGAUCCUGGCUAUUCCACAGAAAUGAAACCAGAAUCGGUGUCGCAGUACCAGUUCCCAGGUGGAGAUAUUUGGCAGAAGCUAAUCAUGGAAGAAAGGGUUGAAAUAUAACACUUACAGUAUUAAUGGUUUGAUCUCGGUUUACCUCAACACACAAUGGUUUUCAAUACCAGUACAAUCAGAUUAACAAGAUAAUACACAAUAACCAGAAAAUCCUAACCUAUAUAUAAAAAAAUGAUCCAACAUUAACAGCUAUAAUCCAACUACUUAACCACUUACUGACCAGCGACGCACUCGUACGUCGCUGGACUUCAGAUGGUUAUACCCGCGUGAUGCCUGGAUUGCUUUACAAACAUCAGGAGUGGGUCGCCCCCCCCCCCCACGGCUCAUCAGGAAGCAAUGACCUGACAUCACUUCUGGUUUAACCAGAUGUCAACAUCGACAUUUUUUAAAGACCAGGGGACAUGUAUCGAUGCAAAAAAAAAAAAAAAGUUUUAAAACUGAC